AUGGCCGGUAUCAAACGCAAAUCGACCGGCGCAAGUGCGCCCGACGCCAAGGACAAGAGCAAAAAGGUCAAGGUCGACAAGCCUACCACCAAGAGCGAGAAGAAGCGCGACGUUAAGCCGGUCAAGAAGGCGAAGAAGACCAAGGAAGAGAGCUCCGACGACUUUGAAGAGUCGGAUACGAGCGAGAAGGACAAUGGCUUCUACGGCUUCUCGGCGGCCGACGGUGCCGAUGUCGACAUGAGCGACGCCGACAGCAGCGACGAACAACCCGCAAAGUCCAACGGCAAGACACAAAAGCGCAAGGACGACAACGGCGCCUCAGACAAAGCCGAGGGCGAGGGUGUAGAGUCCAAGUUAGCGGGGUUGAAUGUAAACAAUUCGAAAGAAGCGCACGCAAAGCAAAAAGCCCUUGCCAGAGAACGAAAGGCCGCGAAGCCAAACGCCGACAUCAUCGAACGCUCCAAGAAGCUAUGGGAGAAGCUCAGGCUGAAGUCGCAUGUUGACAAGGAAGAGAGGAAAGGGCUCGUCAAGGAGCUGUUCGAGAUCAUAACAGGCAGAGUCAAGGACUUCGUCUUCAAGCACGACUCUGUGCGUGUCAUCCAAACAGCCAUCAAAUACUCAACAAUGGAACAGAGGCGAAUGAUUGCAAGAGAGCUGAAGGGCGAGUUCAAGGUCCUGGCCGAGGGCAAGUACUCCAAGUUCUUGAUCGCCAAGUUGGUAGAGAAGGGCGACCCUGAAAUUCGCGACCUCGUCAUCACCGAGUUCUACAGCCACGUCAAGCGCAUGAUCAACCACCCCGAAGCCGCAUGGAUCGUAGACGAUAUAUACCGAGCCGUAGCCACUCCCGAGCAGAAGAACCGUCUUCUGCGGGAAUGGUAUGGUCCUGAGUUCUCCAUCAAGGGUCUUUCUGCCGAAGGCACCGAUAGCGCAGAGCUAUCGGCCAUCUUGAAAGAAUCCCCGGAGAAGAGGAAGCCUAUUAUGGGCUACCUUGAGAACCAGAUCAACUCGCUCAUUCAGAAGAAGCUCACUGGCUUCACCAUGCUGCACGACGCCAUGUUGCAAUACUUCCUCGUAUGCGAGCCCGGCACCGAACAAGCGAACGAUUUCCUCGAACACCUCAAGCCGGACCCAACAACCAAGGAGGGCGAAGAAGCCGACAACGUCGAUCUCAUGAAGAACCUCGCGUUCACAAAAUCAGGGUCGCGAUUGGUGUCGCUUUGCUUCGCAUACGGCACAGCCAAGGACCGCAAGCUCUUCCUGCGGCCGUACAAGGACACAAUGGAGACAAUGGCUUUCGACCAACACGCCCAUCACGUCCUUCUUGCUGCUAUGGCAGUCACGGAUGACACCAAGCUUUCUUCCAAGUCCAUCUUCAGCGAGCUUCUACCCAGCAAUGACGCCCUCCCCGAGAAGGUGUUGAACCUGGUCAAUGAUGCUCGCGCACGCACAGUCUUACUAUACCCAUUCGCCGCAGAUGCCAAAUGGUUAUUGGAUGACAACACGCGCGACCGGUUGAGCGAGUUGUAUGCCAUUCGCCAGACUACAUCAAAGAAGGACCCAAACAUCCGUCUCUCGGAAAUCGCAAAGAGCAUCGAGCCGCAACUGCUGACGGCUGUGACUGCCCGCGCUGCCGACUUUGCCUCUUUCACAUUCGGCCUACAGUUCAUGGGCGAGGUUCUCGUUGGAGCACCAGAGGUCGAACCGGCGAAGCGCAAGGAAGCUUUGACGGAGGUCGCCCGUCUUUCACAAUCGAUCUUGGACUCUGCCUUGCCUGCUUCCGCCGGUGACAACAAGGCUACCAGUCACGGCAAGAACAUGCUGAAGAUGCUGGUACAAGGUGGCAAGUUCGACCCUACCACCAAGAAGGUCGUUCCCGUAGAGCCUGCUCUCGGCUUUGCAGACUUGCUCUGGCCUCAGAUCAAGUCUAACCUGAUUAGCUGGGCGACUGGUCAGGGCUCUUUCGUGGUGGUGUCUAUGACUGAAGCUGAAGGCUUCGCCAAGAGGGACGAAGUACUGAAAGCGCUGAAGAAGGAGAAGAAGGCGCUAGAGGCGGCUGCCAACCCUCCAGGCGCGCAAAAUGGCGAGGCCAAGGGCAAGAAGCAAAAGAAGGGCGACAAGUCGGAUGCUGCUCCUCGGGGAAACGCUGGAGCGAAGAUUUUGCUCGAAAAGUUGUAG